AUGGAGCUACUUCAUUCCUACAAGAGUGAAGAGGACCAAAAAAAAUGUGAGAAUCCCGAGCUCUCCGGCUUAGAAAGGAUUUUAGCAAGACAUCAGUUUCCAAAAGAGAUUAGCCUGACUCCAAAGCCAAGCAGAGUGCCCUCAUGGAGAAGAAAAGCCGUCAACAAUGUAAGUGACGGAUGGAAGAAAUGCCACUUGUGGAAGAGAAACACAAAAGACCCUCCAAUGUCCACCAUAGUUGUCAGAAAUCUUAUUCAAGAAAAUGUUCCCAGAAGACACAGCCUAAGGAACAUAAGCAAGAAACUGAAAAAAAAUGCCAACCAUAGCUAA